CACUUGAGAGACUUGGGGUGGCUGCAAGGGAAAACCCUCAAGAAAACACAGUACAACAGUGGGUGGGAUGCAAGAAGGUGACCAUUCUUGAUCCUUCCACCACUUAACAGCCCAAUUCUUGUUUCCCUUCUUCAGUUCUUCACGUUGGUCGUGUUUUCUUUUCUUUACUCCGUUCAUAAAGAGGGUGUCGUACGGGGAGAGAAUCUUGAUACAAAGAACGUUUUUUUUUUUCCUCUUUUUUCCUUUUUCGUCCCCCUCAUUGUUUUUUAUAUUUUCAUCUUCGACAUUCCAAUGGCGGACCUUAAUCCUCUCAAGAGAAGCUUCAGUGACAUGAGCAACUCACUAGAGUCUCUUGAUUUUGGUUUGAAUGUUCUGGAACAUCGAGAUUCUGCUAUCCAAGAACCAGCUUCUGUAGUCAAUCCCAACAACUCAUCAGACGAUUUGGGUUUGAAUUGUCUGGAAGAUGCUGCUAUCCAAGAACCAGUUUCUUUAAUCAAUUCUAAGGACUUCAAUCCCAGAAGCUACCAAUUGAAGGUUUUCGAGGUGGCUAUGAAGAGGAACACUAUAGCAGUGUUGGAGACUGGUGCUGGAAAAACAAUGAUCGCAGUAAUGCUGAUUAAAGAAAUUGGUCAAGCUAUCAAGUUUACUGACCAUAAAAAAUUGAUUCUUUUCUUAGCGCCAACAGUUCAUCUUGUCAACCAGCAGCAAUAUGAGGUUAUUAAAGCGAAUACAAGCUUUGAUGCAGGAGCGUAUUAUGGAGCCAAGGGGGUAGAUGGAUGGACUUUGAAGUUAUGGGAAAAGGAGAUUGAUGAGCAUGACGUAUUGGUUAUGACACCUCAAAUCCUUUUGGAUGCUUUAAGAAAGGCAUUCUUGAAUCUAGAUAUGGUAUCCUUGAUGAUAAUUGAUGAGUGCCAUCGUGCUACUGGUAAUCAUCCCUACACAAAAAUAAUGAAGGAAUUCUAUCACAAGUUGAGUAACAAGCCAAAGAUUUUUGGAAUGACAGCAUCACCUGUUGUUAGAAAAGGUGUCUCUUCCACUAUGGAUUGUGAGGAUCAAAUAUCAGAACUUGAGAGCAUUUUGGAUUCGCAGGUUUAUACUAUCGAAGACAGGACAGAAAUGGACAUCCAUGUUCCCUCUGCGAGAGAAACAUGUAGAUUUUAUGACAAAGCACAGUGUUAUAGUUCAGAAUUGAAAUCCAAGAUUGAAGCAUCAUGGUCCAAGUUUGAUGCUUCAAUGCUAAGUUUGCAAGGGUCAAUACAAAGCGGUUACAAGGACAUUGAUGAUAAAAUUAGGACACUGAGACAGCGGCUGUCCAAUGACCAUGCAAAGAUUUUGAAUUGCCUUGAAGAUCUAGGCCUCGUAUGUGCUUAUGAGGCUGUCAAAGUUUGCUUGCAGAGUGCUCCCAACUCCACUGAGGAUUGUGUGAUUUAUAGAGAAAUUUCUCUGCAACAUAGAUAUUUCCUUGAGGAAGUGUUGAGCCUAAUUGGCGAGUCCUUGCCACAUUGUGAUAAUUUUCUUUUGGAUCUUGAUUUUGAUUUCUUAAAGGCAGUAGUUUUCGGCUACAUAUCUCCAAAAUUAUAUGAACUGCUUCAACUUUUCCUAUCAUUUGGAGGAGCUAGGCAAAUACUGUGCCUCAUUUUUGUUGAUAGAAUUGUUACAGCUAAAGUAAUUGAAAGAUUUGUGAAGAAAGUUGCAGUGUUAGCACAUUUCACAGUUUCAUAUGUUACUGGAACUAAUACAUCAGUAGAUGCAGUGACCCCUAAAACGCAGAAGGAAACGCUGGAAUCAUUUCGUUCUGGAAAGGUCAACUUAUUAUUUUCCACUGAUGUGCUGAGGGAGGGAAUUCAUGUGCCAAACUGCUCCUGCGUAAUAUGUUUUGAUUUGCCCAAGACAGUCUGCUGUUAUGUCCAAUCUCGAGGACGUGCUAGACAAAAUGAUUCCGAAUAUAUCAUUAUGCUUGAGAGGGGAAACGUGAAACAAAGGGACCAACUAUUUGAUUUCAUCAGGAGUGAAUGGCUAAUGACAAAUACAACUAUAAAUAGAGAUCCUGAUGUACAGUCUCUGAAAACAUGUGCUGCUGAGGAAACUAAGGCAUAUAUUGUGAAUGCGACUGGGGCAUCAGUUACUGCAGACUCCAGUGUUAAUCUCAUAUAUCGAUAUUGUGAAAAGCUUCCUGGUGACAGGUACUUUACACCAAGGCCAACUUUUGAGUUCGAAGUUUUUGAACAGUCAUGCCAGUGUAAAAUAAAGUUACCUGCCAGUGCAGCUUUUCAAACACUAGUUGGCCCAAUAUGUAGGAGUCAACAAUUAGCUAAGCAGCUUGUAUGCUUGGAAGCUUGUAAGAAGCUGCAUCAAAUGGGUGCCCUGGAUGAUCAUCUCCGACCGUCAUUUGAUGACCCUAUGGAAGAUAAUUGUAUUAUGAGAAGCAAAGAAACAUUAGCAGGUGCAGGAACUACAAAAAGGAAGGAAUUGCACGGAACCACCGGCAUUCAUGCAUUAUCUGGAAGCUGGGGAGAGAACCUUGAUGGAACCACCUUCUAUGCAUAUAAGUUUGACUUCUCUUGUAGUAUUGCCACAGAGAUGUAUUCCGGAUUUAUUCUUCUAAUUGAGUCGAAGCUUGAUGAUGAUGUUGGAAAUGUUGAGUUGGACCUUUACUUGGUCAGGAAGAUUGUUAGGGCUUCUGUUUCUUCAUGUGGACAAGUGCAUUUAGAUGCUGAACAGAUGAUGAAAGCAAAAUGCUUUCAUGAAUUAUUUUUCAAUGCCUUAUUUGGGAAGUUGUUUACCGGGUCCAAAUCAUCUAAAACAAGAGAGUUUUUGCUUCAGAAAGAAAAAAGUUUGUUUUGGAUCCCAUCAAACAUGUAUUUGCUACUACCACUCGAGACUUUCAGUGCUUCAAAUGAUGAGUCUUGGAAAAUAAAUUGGACUGGAGUUGAUUCUUGCACAUAUGUGGUAGAAUUUUUGAAGAACACUUUCUUGGGUGCUGAGCAAUGUAAUGGUGAAAGCAGAAGGUCAUCAUCUUGUAGGGUUGGCUCAUCUGUUACUGAAUGCAGUGGUGUAAACACAAUCCACUUUGCUAAUUUUUCAGUUGAUGCAGAUAAACUGAAAGAUGUGGUGGUAUUGGCAAUUCACACAGGAAAAAUAUACUCUGUUAUUGAAGUGGUGAGUGAUAUGUCUGCUGAGAGUCCUUUUGAGCAAAAUGCUGGUGAUGCACCAUCAAAUUAUUCUUCAUUCACUGAGUACUUCAACAAAAAGUAUGGAAUUGUGCUGAUGCAUCCAGGACAACCUUUGUUGCUGUUAAAGCAAAGCCAUAAACCACACAACCUGCUUCCAAAUCCUAAUGAUGAAGUUACUUCAAAAGAUGGCAUGGCUGUUGUAAAACAGCGACAAUUUGUUCAUAUGCCACCUGAGCUUUUAGUCAGUAUUGAUAUUCCAGUCCAGACUCUAAAAUCAUUUUACUUACUUCCAUCUUUGAUGUAUCGUCUGGAGUCUCUGAUGUUAGCCAGUCAACUUAGACAGGAGAUUGACUGCCGGAUUCCUGACUGUUAUAUCCCAAGUUCACUGAUGUUGGAAGCAAUAACAACACUUAGAUGUAGUGAAACUUUUUCCAUGGAGCGAUUGGAGUUGCUUGGAGAUUCAGUUUUGAAGUAUGCUAUAAGUUCUGACCUCUUUCUAAGAUACCCUACAAAACAUGAAGGCCAAUUAUCUGCUCGGCGCAUACAGGCUGUUUGUAAUUCAGCCCUACAUAAAUUGGGAAUAAGUCUCAAAUUACAGGGAUAUAUACGAGACAGUGCAUUCAAUCCUCGUUGUUGGGUUGCUCCAGGGCAGCGACCUGCAUAUUAUAUUCCUUGUAAAUGUGGGGUUGAUACUUUAGAAGUGCCUUUAGAUGCCAAAUUUCAAACUGAAGACCCUAAAAUUAAGAUUGCAAUAUGCUGCUCCAUGGGCCACCGAUGGAUCUGUUCCAAAACCAUAUCUGAUUGUGUUGAAGCCAUUGUAGGAGCAUACUACGUAAGUGGAGGACUGAUUGCUGCAGUUCAUGUGAUGAAGUGGCUUGGUAUGGAUGUUGAAUUUGAUCCUUCAUUGGUAGAUGAAGCCAUUUCCAGUGCUUCUUUACGAUCUUAUAUGCCAAAAGAAAAUGAGGUAACGAGCCUCGAGUCAAAGCUUGGUUAUACAUUUUCUGUCAAGUUUCUUAUACAAGAGGCUAUGACACAUGCAUCCAUGCAAGAGCAGGGAGUUGGCUAUUGUUACCAGAGACUUGAAUUUCUUGGUGACUCUUUAUUGGACUUGCUCAUCACAUGGCAUCUCUAUCAAAGCCACACAAACAUUGAUCCUGGUGAGUUGACAGACUUGCGCUCAGCUUGUGUUAGUAAUGAAAAUUUUGCUCAAAUUGUUGUGAGAAGGGAGCUAUACAAGCAUCUUCAACAUUGUUCUACAUUACUUCUAAGCCAGAUAACAGAAUAUCUGGAGUCUUUUUGUGAAUCUGAUGAAGCCACCAAAUUGUCCACAGUUCCAAAGGGUCCUAAGGCUCUUGGAGACCUACUUGAAAGUAUAGCAGGGGCAAUGUUAGUUGAUACAAAGUUUGACCUUGAUGAAGUGUGGAGAAUAUUUAAGCCACUGUUGUCUCCAAUUGCAACACCUGAGAGUCUGGAGCUGCCUCCAUUGCGUGAACUGAUUGAAUUAUGCGACUCUCGUGGAUAUUUUAUAAAAGAAAGAUGUACAAUUAAGAAUGACAUUGUGCAUGCCCAUCUUAGACUACAGCUGAAUGAUGUUCUUUUGGUUGGAGACGGAUAUGAUCGGAACAGAAAAACUGCAAAAGGAAAAGCGGCUUCUCAUUUGUUGAAGGAACUUGAGAAUAGAGGAAUAAGGUACUCCCGAGGUGAUUCAAAGAGGAAACAAGAUCCUGAUCACGUUGUUGAUUCAUCUUCCCUAGACCUAACAAACGCUCACACCUGUGAGCCAAAAAACCAUAAGAAGCAGAAGAAAGUAGAAAAUGAAUCUCCUACAGGGUCAAGUGGCGUUCCUUCCCUUGUUGGCAGUCCCAAAGAGGGCCUCCCAGUUAUCGAGUCAAUUAACAUGAAGAAAGGAGGACCUCGAACCACUCUUUUCGAACUCUGCAAGAAAGGGGAAUGGACAAGGCCUACAUUUCAAACAACAGAAACUAAGUCGAGAACUCCUAUAAUAUUUGGUGAAGGCAGUGAAAGAAGAGAAUCAUUUAUCAGUUUUAUAUCAAAAAUAACCCUGAACAUGCCCUUAUAUGGCAUCAUUGAAUGCACAGGAGAUCCUAGACCUGAUAAGAAGAGUUCAUUAGAUUCAGCUGCACUUGCUAUGCUUUAUGAGCUUAAAGAGCGGGGACGACUCAUCAUUGUCGAUGCGCAAUGAAUUUGUUAAUUUAGAACAAUUAGGAAACUAACCCAGCUGGCUACUGCCCAGCAACAAUGGCUUCUCAGGCUUUUCUAGCCAUGCUUUAUGUAUAUAUAUCUGUAUAUAUUCGUACAUGCCAUUUUCUUGGCAAAGCUACUUAAUUUAUGUUAUUAUUAA